GUGAACUUUGCAUUUGUGACGUGAGACGUCAAGCAUUGUGAUACAAUAACAAGUAAUUUUUAAUAAUUAAAUAUUAGUUUAGUGUCGACAAAAAGAAAAGUAACAAUACAAAAUGUCUAGUCAAAAAUAUCCAAGAUCGAAUAAUCCUUUUGAAGAAGAUGACGUCGAUGAUGAAACCUUUUUGCGAAAUUCGAGAAGACCAACAUACAACAAUGUGCAACCCACUUUUGAUGAACAAAUGCAGUCCUUUGCAGAGAGAAAACGAGUUAUAGAGGAACGUACGCUUAACAGCACAGAAAAAAGCAUAAGUAUUUUAAGAGACUCUGAACAAGUGGGUAUAGCAACAGCAGAAGAAUUGAUGAGACAAAGAGAGAAGCUUGAAAAAACUGAUAAACAGCUGGAUGAAAUCAACUCUACACUUAGGUUUUCUCAGAAACAUAUAAAUGGUAUUAAGUCUGUUUUUAGCAGCUUGAAGAAUUAUAUGGCUGGCAGGAGUGAUUCUCCCAAUUCAACAACUUCUAGUUCUACUCCCAGUACUGUUAAACAAUCUACAUCCAACCCAAAUUUAGAAGAAAAACUUGAGUCAUAUGAUCGCUAUGAAAACCACCCAUCAACAAGACUGAGGAACAAUGAUUACAACAACUUUAGUCAGAUAUCUUCAGGUGGUAGUAAAGACUUUAGUGCUAGACUAGAUGCAAAUUUACAAGAAAUGUGUUCAAAUAUAUCUCGUCUUAAAGGUUUGGCUUCAGAAUUAGGUACAGAAAUAGAAUCACAAAAUGAUUUGAUUGGAGACAUCACAGAUAAGACAUUACUUGCUGAUAUUACUAUUACUAAACAAAAUAAAGAGAUGAAUAGGAUUUUAAAAAAAUAAUUGAAAAUUUAUGAGGUAGUACAAUUUUUGGCCUAACUAUAUUCUGAAAAUGCUGUUUACUAUUUUGCUAUUAAACUAAUUGAAAUCUUUAUUACACAUAAAUAAAAAUGCAUAGGUGCAAUAUUAACUAUACCUACUGUUUUUUAUACAUACAUAUUAUAUUUAUUUAAUAAUUACAAUUUAAGAGAAAAAUAAAUAUAAAGAGAAAAAAUUAAUAUAAAUAAUAAGCAGAAACUUUGGAAAAACUUAACAGCAGAAUAAACCUUGGAGCAGAAAAAUCUGUAUUGUUAUUGUAACUUCCAAAAAGUGGAGAAUAUGGUGAAUGUAGCUUACUCAGUUCAUUGGCUUGAUCAUUUCAUUCAUAGAGAUUUUGACCAAUAGAAACCUACAAAAAUAAAAAUUUCAGUGAUUAUUUUUUAAUGAUUUUAAUUUUUCAUCACAUGUUUAAUUCUGUCCAAUCAGAUUAUUAUUAUACCUACUGCGAAUAAUCUACUUACAUUAUUAUACUGAGAAUAAACUUUAAUUAUUUUGUUUCUGUAUAAUUACAAGUUUUCUAGUUUUGACAACUGUCACAUUUAAGAAAAUUAACCAAAACAGACUUUCAGUUCUGCAUCUAAUGUCAAAUUAAUUGUCAUGAGGACAAUAUAAAUCAGCAAUUUUAAGCGUUCAAGUGUAAUUCGGUAAGAUUAUUUCAUGAAUAAAACUAUAAAUUAUUUUAACUAAUAUUUUAUUGAUAUCUUCGUCUGAAUAUUUGCUAAACCUGCUCAUGAUGUUCACUUUGACCAGUUGUAAAAUAUUAAUUGUGAUAGAAAUGUCACUGAAUGUAUAUUCACAAAGACUUGAAUUUUGUAUGUGAGUAUUAAAACAUAAUCUUUCGAAUAUCACACGAUAAUAUGAAUAAAUAAGAAAAUAAUGCCUAGUUUGUUUCUCAAACUUGUUGCCAUUCGGCAAUAGUCACUCGAGGUCUGCGGGCUCCCAUGUCUAUUGCCGGGCAACAAGUUUUAGAAAAAUUGUCGCAUUAUUUUCAAGUUAUUCUCACUCUCUGUGAUAUUUAUGUUGAUUAUUUCAUUCAUAGGAUAUUCUGACCAAUAGAAAGCUACAUAAAUCUAAAUUAAAUCGAUAAUUUUUGAUAAUUUCCCGUCGUCAAGUAUAUUACGUCAGAUGCCCUUCAUUGCUACGAAAAAUACAUUCAGUGACAUUAAUGACAAUUAUUAAUGUUUUAAAAAUUAUAAAAGUCAUGACUUUCAACCGUCAAAUUAAUAUUUAUAACAACUGUGUGUUUAAUUGUACUAAUUUGUACUUACAUAAAUAAUUUACAAUAAAAUUUUGGUGUUGAACAGAUUUAUUCAUGAAAUAAUCGCAACAAAUUGCACUCGAUCUCUAAAAUUAGUAUAGAAUUUUAGAGCUCUUGUGCAAUUACUACUGAUAAUUUUUUUUUGAUAAUUUCCCGUCGUUAAGUUACGCGGUAGAUGUCCUUCGUUGCUACGUAAAAAUAAACAUUCCGUGACAUUAAUGACAAUAAUUAAUGUUUUACAACUUGUCAAAGAGAAAAUGGUGAGCAGGUUUAGCAAAUAUUCAGGCGAAGAUAUCAAUACAAUAUUAGUUAGAAUGAUUUGAAAAUACAGAUUUAUUCAUGAAAUAAUCUUACCGAGUUACAGUUGAGCUCACUCAUUCAGUUCAUUUUGUUAAAUGUGGCAGUUGUCAAAACUCUCUACACUCUUUCUCUUAAAAAUGGCUGAUUUCUUGUUUUUGCCCGCAUUAAUGUCUGUCUUUUGCAUAUUUAUUUUUGGUCUAAUCUCCUUGGCAGCUAUUUUCAGCUAUGUAUGUAUGUUUCCGUAUAUUCUCAUACCUCCUAUGUUUUCGUACUUCCAUAUAUUCACAGUAGAAAUUAGCUAUGUGGAGCAGUAUAUAAUUAGAAAAAGUCUAUAUUUUUUCCAAUUGGGCUUUCGCUCCAUGCGUGACCAUGGUGGGGAUACAAUGGUGGGGAUGUAAUGCAGUAAUCAGUAUCAGACAACUUACAAGACCAAUAACAAUUUGCUAAAGAGUUCUAAAAAUAUCUGUUUUCUAUAUAAAUUCAGGUUAAAAAUCUAUAAAAAAAUCAUAAUUUAGUGGAGUAAACUUGUCUGUGGCUGGACCAAUUACAAACAAGCAAUAUAACGCAGUAAAUUUGAAUGACUCCCCCUAGUUUAAAAACGAGGAUAGAUUUUUCCCUUUUUGUUCCGUUUGGAGUUGAAAAGAUAAAUUGUGAUAAAAUUUUAGAAACCCAGUUCUUAAUACUACAUUCAUUGUAUACAUAAAUUGGAAUAAUAAAGUUUAAAAACUUAUUAUUAAUAAUUUGCAACUUCAGAACAUGUAUUUGUCGUAUUAUGCUUAACUUCAAAUUGUUGUCGCCAAAAAUUUCAGAUGACGGCGCUAGGUGUCGCGUCAGUCAUGCGCGGAGUGAAUACGUAUUGCUGGGACACCACCACCACCGCCAUAGUUCGGUUGCCCUCAGUGAUUAGUAUACAUAUUUUCUAUCUAUAUAUUGCUUCACAAAGCAUAGGUACUUCGAACCAUCAUGAAUUUUUGUAAAAUUUAAAAUUGUCAGUUUACUUUAUUUAUUUUUCUUGACAAAAAGACAGCAUUUGUAAUGAAAUAUUUAACUUCACUGGGUAUUUUAUGUUUACUUUGUUUAUUAAACGACAGAAUAUCAAUAUUUUAAUUUAAUUUGUCAAAUUAGGAGAAAAGAAUCAUUAGAAAAAAUACAAAUAUAUAACUGGCAAUUUUGAUAUUAUUUUUAGAGAUUUAUUUAUUAAAGUACUAGUUUUUAGGCACAAUUAUUACAAUAAUUAUAACGAUUAGGUAAAAUUGGCGCCAAUUAUUAAUUAAACCAUUUUUCAGUUGUGUUUUCAGGAAAGUAUUUCAACCUCUUGGGUGGGCCGGAUAGCUCAGGCGGUAGGAUGCCUGACUUCCACGCAGGUAGGCCAGGGAUCGAAUACCAGCGCCGGGCGAGCGAAAACAUCUAGACAUUUUUAAAAAUGUCUAUAGGCCCCAGGUCGACUCAGCCUGAAUGAAAUGAGUACCUUGGGUAAAACUAGGCGGUUGAAGCGUAGCAUUAGUCCUAUUACCCUCCCUGUUUGGGAUUAUAGCAGGGUAGUCUGCUAUCUCUAGGUCCUACGGUAUACAGUGCAUAUACCUUAGGACCUAGAGAUAGCAGACUACCCUGAUAUAAUCCCAAAGCCGCGUUGGCCGUAUAAAACGGGAGACUAUUAUUAUUAUUUCAACCUCUUGUAUUAAAAUUCGCCUUUUUCUUCUGUUAAGAACAACUAAAAGAUGUACACCGGUUCCGGAGAUAUAAUAUAAUUUUUACAUGUGAUUUAUAUCCUCUUCUUCUUUCUCUUGCAUAUAGGCAGUACUGCUUGUUUUUCUUUAACGGUGCGUUUCAUUCUGUCCGUAAAUUGUCAUUCCAUAUUUUCCUUGGGCGUCGUACACUUCUUCUGCCUAACGGUGACUUGUCCCAGGCGAUUCUUACUAUCCUUGAUUCAGACAUCCUGCUUAUGUGUUGAUUCCACUCUUCUUUUCUGUUUUUUAUCCAGGUAUUCAUAUUGUCUACCCGACAUAUGCGUCUGAUUUCCUCACUUCUUAUCCUGUCCUGUAGUCCUUUUCCAGCAAUCCUUCUUAAGAUCUUCAUUUCGUUGGUCUCCAGAUGUCUUUAUGUUUUGCUUGUAUCUGGUCUUGUUUCGGCCGUGUAAGCCAUAACUGGUCUAAUAACUGACUUACAGUCGGAAAAAUGAAAGAAUACCCAUGAACGAACAUAUAAAACACGCUGUAUAUUCCUGUCACCGUGUCACAAAGAAAAUUGUCCAGUGCAAGUACCUACAUGUAACAAUAAUUAUUACAUGUAUUUGCGCUGGCCAAUUUUUUGUGUGACACGGUGACAGGAAAAUACAGCGUGUUUUAUAUGUUCGUUCAUGGGUAUUCUUUUAUUUUUCCGACUGUAUAUAUUCGGGCCUUUGUUUCCACUCUUAGGUGUUUGUUGUUCCAAAUUGUGUCGUUUUGGCAUCAGGCCGUUCUACUUACUUUAAUUCGUUGUACUCUGGGCUAAUUAACAAAAUACAAGGAAAAGUUAUUUACCAGCAAUUUUAUUGCUGGAAUCGAAUCUUAUGACCCUAUAUAUUAAUAAUAUAGGUAUGCAAAGUCCGCAGACAGUGUGAUACUUUUUUUAUAAACAAAAUGGCGCCCGAAAAUCGUGUUUUUUUCAAUUUUUGCUCUAUAACUCUUCAACUUUACACCAAAAACACUCGAAUAAAAAUUCACCCUAAUUAAAUUCUGCAUAGCAACGUGUUUUUCCCGAUUUACUUCGACGAAAAUAUUCCCCGGAAAAUGCAGGUUUUUCCAACAAAAUUUUUAAUUUUCAACUAAAAUUUUAAAUAAGUAAUUGUUCAUCAAUAAUUUUUUUUUUCUCUCAUUCUGGCCUUGGUUAACUAGAACCUUUAGCCACGUAAUUGUAUAGCUUAUCACUAACUCAGUUGUAAUGUGUAGUGUGUGUGUUGAAUAAGUGUCUUGUUACUUUGCAAAGUCGACGUCAUUGUCUUUGCAAAGAGACGCUAAUUGUAUCCGAACGUCUGCGGUCCCUCCGGUGAGUACCGGUCCCACAAGGACAGAAACUAUUUUCAUUUAUUAAUUUAUAAUAAAUGAAAAAAUUCCUGACCCUGGUGAGAUUCGAACUCAAUACCAUUCGGAACUUUCGAUCCAAAGGUUAGGCGCUCUUACCACUGAGCCACAGAGGGGGUAUCAAUAAUUAAAUAACUUAGUAAUAUAAAAGAUCCCUUUGUAUAGAUUAUAAUUCCAGAAGCCGAUCGAAAUUGAAUGAACAGUUUAGCAACAAUUGAAUUGUUAAAUAAAAAUUUACGGUCGCUAUAAUAACCACAAUAAUUAUGAUGCAUAAGAAUAACUAUGAUUUUUGUAUAAAGAGACACUGUACCUAUCUAAUGCACUUUACGGGAUUGAAAUUGGACUAUUUAAGCGGCCUCAGGAAUAUUUUAAAAUUAUAAACUAUUUUUUGGCUUAUAAACAAAUAGAAUAUCUCGGGAAAUAUUAAAUUAAAUUAAAUCAUAAAAACGGUAUUGGAAAAAAAUCGACAGGACGCUUCUUUUAAAAUAAAAACCGUUUAAUUGGGAUGAGUGGUUCCUGAGAUACAACCGGUCAAAGUUGACCGGCAUUUACGGCAAAGAUAUAAACAAUAGGAUCAUAAUUUUCGAACCAUCACCUUUUUAUUUUUGUCCUCCUUCUCCACACAAAUUUUCAUAUCUUAAAAAUACUCAUAACGUAUAUUAUUAUAAUAAAAACUAUCGAUGUUACGAGUGAAAAAAGCCAAAAAUAGCAAAAUUCCAAUCAAAUAUUAGGUUCGAGAAAAUGUAAUCUGAAAGUUCAAAAUCGGCAUACGUUAAAAAAUGCAUUUUCUCGGCUUCCCAUGGAGCAAUUUUCUUCAUUCUUUUUUUUUUGUUCCCAAGUAACUCGAGUAGAGCCAUCUAACUAACGCAUUAUUAAAUGUCAAUCUUGCUUUUGUUUUAUUAUAAUAAAUUAAUUUAUUUAUAAGAAAAGAAAACAGAAGACUACAUAUUUUUCCAUUUGUAGACUUUUUUUUAGAUAAACUUACUACAAGUGUACAUUUUAACGUUAAAAACACAAAUAUUCUCAUUUGAAAGCUGUAUAGUUAUUUAAACAAUCUUUAUUUAAACAAAUUAAAAAAAAUUUGUUAUAAUAAAUAAAUUAAUUUAUUAUAACGAAACAAAAGCAACUUUGACAUUUAAUAAUGCGUUAGUUGGAUGGCUCUACUCGAGUUAUUUGGAAACAAAAAAAGAAUGAAGAAAAUUGCUCCAUGGGAAGCCGAGAAAAUGCAUUUUUUUAACGUAUACCUAUUUUAAACUUUGAGAUUACAUUUUCUCCAACCUAAUUUUUGAUUAGAAUUUUGCUCUUUUUGGCAAUUUUCACUCGUAAUAUCGAUAGUUUUUAUUAUAAUAAUAUAUGUUAUGAGUAUUUUAAAGAUAUGAAAGUUGGUGUGGAGAAAAAAGAGUUAUUUAAUUAUUGAUGAACAAUUACUUAUCUAAAAUUUUAGUAGAAAAAUAAAAAUGUUGUUGGAAAAACCCGCAUUUUCCGGGGAAAAUUUUCGUCGAGGUAAAUUGGGAAAAACACGUCUCUAUGUAGAAUUUAAUUACGGUGAAUUUUUAUUUGGGUGUUUUUGGUGUAAAGUUAAAAUCUUGGGAGGUAUAGAACAAAAAUUUAAAAAACACGAUUUUCGGGCGCCAUUUUGUUUAUAAAAAAAAGUAGCACACUAUCUGCGGACUUUGCAUACCUAUAUUAUAAAUAUAUACAAUCAUAAGAUUCGAUUCCAGCAAUAAAAUUGCUGGUAAAAACCGCCUAUUCUCCGAUAAUCUGCCCAGACUAUUGGUCUUUUACCUCUUCUCCGAUAUUGUUGUCGGCUGAUAGAUUAAUUCCCAGGUAUUUGAAAGUCAUUAUUUGCUGUAUAAUUUGAUUGUCUAACUCCAAUUUGCAUCUUAUUGGUUCUUUGGAUAUUACUAAGCUUUUUGUUUUUUGGCCUGAUAUUUUCAUAUUCAUUUCUUUUGCGUUAAUGUUGAAUUCGUGCAGUAAUCUUUGUAUGUCGUCUUCGCACUCUGCUACUAACACGGUGUCAUCAGCUUAACAGAGUAUUUUUAUCUCUGUAUCGCCCGUUUUGUACCCUGUUUUUUUCUUCACUUGUUUUAUUAUUGCAUCCAACAUUAUGUUAAACAGUAGAGGGUUUAGUGAAUCUCCUUGCCUGAUUCCUGUGUUUGCUUCUAUGGGUUCUGUUAUUAUUCCAUUGACUUUCACUUCUGUUUUAUUUCAUACAUAUAUGUUUUUUAUCAGUUUUAUGAUAUCCAAUGGUAAAUUUUUUAUCUAAUAUUAUAAUUAUAUCAAUUGUGCAAUUUAAAUAUGUAACAAGUAAUCAACAAUUAUGAACAUGUGGUAAAUGCAAAAAUUUCUUUUUUUGUCAUUUGUUCGGAUAUUGAUAUAUCUCAUGUAACGUGCAUCAAUUAACUGCCUUUUAUGUUUGUUUAUCGUUAAAUAUAAUUAAUGAAUCAGAUAGAUUUAGUCUUAUCAUCUGAAUGCAAAAAAUAAAUUAUUUCGUAGUUAGGUCAAAGCAGAUUUUAUUUUGUUAUUAAUAUAUAUUGUAACAGAUAUAAAUAUCAAAAGUUAUAGUUUAAUUAUUAUGGAUGAUCAUGUACUGCAAAGUUUAUUUUUCUUAGUUUUUAUCGAUGGAUAUAAAAUUUUUAUUGGCCACUAUCAUUCUCUUUCCGGAUGGUAAGAUCCUAUUUCUGUCUUAUAAAAUACUCCACCUGUUGAAGAGUGUGACUUAAACGGUAGUCAUUCACCACGUCCACUCCACUCGUUUAUCUGCUGUAUAUCGCGUCUAGUCUACUACUACAUUACUGCAAUAUCCCUGUUUCUUUUUUCCGCUGUUUCUUCAGUCUCAUUUUCUGUCUCUGGUGCAUGCAACCAAGUCUUGCACUGAGUUUCUCUGACCUAAGUCUAUCUUAUGUUUACGUAUUUCUUUCAUUCAAACCACACACCCAGAAUAUACUCGGCAUUCUCUUUAUCAUCCUUGGCAAUACGCAGUAUUAUAGGAAGUAAUGUGACACGCUUCACACGUAACACUUUUAUUUAACAGAAAAAUAUACUUUGCAUCAAAAGGAAUAUUUUAGUACAAAUGGUUUAUAUCAAAGGAAUAUUGUAUUUUUAAGAAAUAUCCGUAUAUAAGUGCUAUUUAUGUUAUGUAAAAAUCCCCAAAGACAGUUGUGUGUGUUCUUAGAUGUAAGAAAAAUGUAAAUUUAUUUCUAUUGUUUGGCAUAAGGUUUCCUAUAUUUUAAAUAUAUUUUUCUUUUAAUACUCA